AUGGAAGGAGCCCUGUGCGAAGAUAUUUUUAACAUUUCUAGAUAUUUGGUUAAUGGUGUUGAUAUGCUUUUGAAAUUAUAUAGAACCUCUCCAUCCUUCAGUCUGAUGAGUGGGAAGAGUGGACAAGAAUACAAAAUUGAACUUUUGGAUGUCUACCUAAAAGUGUGUAAACUGAAAAUCAACAGUGCAUUGAUUCUAGCACAUAACUCAUUGUUUGAAAAGAACAAUGCCCUCUAUCCCUACAUCAGAAGCGAGGUGAAGAUGAUCAGCAUACCUUCCACACAGCUGAGUCACACGUGGGAUAACGUGUCCAAUCACGUGGCCAAUCGCUAUGUAGUGGGCUUCGUAGAUAGUGCGUCAGUCAGUGGCUCUUACACUGGUAAUCCAUUCAACUUUACAGCUUCCAAUAUCAAAACAGUGGCGAUGUACGUGGAUGGAAUCAGUGUGCCAGGACGUCCCGUGGAAGCGGAGGACGUUGGAGCUUACGUUAAUCUGUUUGAUGGAACUGAUAUGUGGAUGAAUAAUACAGGGAAUGGUAUAUCUAGAGAUGAUUUUUUGCUUGGGUCUGCACUUUUCGUAUUUUCACUCGAGCCGACUUUUAUGGAGGGACAGUAUUUGAACCUCGUUAAAAGUGGAAACGUGCGAGUGGAGAUUGAAUUCAAAAAAGCUCUCACCAAGACAAUCAACUGUAUAGUUCUUAUGCAGAGGAAUUCUAUCAUUGAAACUGAUCAAACGCGUAACGUCUUUCUCAAAUGA